AUGUGGAGAGGCCUGGGUCACGGGGACGAGAACAUGUACCUGGGAACUGCCGAGACUGCUGGGAAAAAGAGUGGUCUUGACGAUGGGGAUGUGGAGGACGACAUGACCAUGAGAGAGAUUGCUGAGUGGGAGGAGAUGCAGCUUGAGGAGCAGGUCAACUUUAACAACUGCAAGAUCGACCCCGCCCCCUUCCAGCUGGUGGAGCGCACGUCUUUGCAUAAGGUUUGA